AAGUGCAGACUGGAUAAAUGGCAAAUACAUAAUACUCUGCUUCUUUAUGAUGAUAAUUUCCUUUGUCAAAUAUCCCAUGAGCACAGCCCGCACUUUCCUCCACUCUCUCUCCUCCUCCCCUUUCCACCACCGUCACCGCCGCCGCCGCCUUUUAUCGACCUCAUCACCCUUUUCCCUUCCCUUAAAACCCCUUUCAUUUUCUCCCUUAUCUACUUUACCCCAACAAGUUCUGUUUUCAUCACAUGAAACCCAAGACAAUAACAAAUGUGACAUUUCUUCAACUGGGUUUCCUGAAAGUUUCAAUUUUGACGAGUCUUUUGAUUCUACUGAGCUGAAAAAGUUCGAAACACCGGCCGUUGAGGUUAGUGAACUAGAGGACAUUCCUGACCAAUGGCGCAGGUCAAGAUUAGCUUGGCUUUGUAAGGAACUUCCAGCACAUAAAACACCUACUAUGGUUCGGAUUCUUAAUGCACAGAGGAAAUGGCUUAAACAAGAAGAUGCUACUUACGUUGCUGUUCAUUGUAUGCGUAUUCGUGAAAAUGAAGCUGCUUUCAGGGUUUACAAAUGGAUGAUGCAGCAACAUUGGUUUCGAUUUGAUUUUGCUCUAGCUACGAAACUAGCAGAUUACUUGGGUAAGGAACGAAAGCACUUGAAGUGCCAGGAGAUUUUUGAUGACAUUAUUAAUCAGGGACGAGUGCCUUCUGAAUCUACAUUCCAUAUUCUCAUCAUCGCCUAUCUUAGUUCACCUGGCCCAUCAGUGUUAGAUGAAGCGUGUCGCAUCUAUAACCGCAUGGUGCACUUGGGAGGUUAUAAGCCUCGGCUUAACUUACACAAUUCUCUGUUUAAAGCUCUUUUGGGGAAGACACAGGGCUCCAGUAAACACUUUCUGAAACAGGCAGAAUUUAUAUAUCAGAAUUUGAUUUCCUCUGGAUUGGAUAUACACAAAGAUAUUUUUGGUGGUCUUAUAUGGCUUCACAGUUAUCAGGAUGUAGUGGAUAUGGAAAGAAUUGCUGCGCUAAGAGCAGAGAUGCGAUCAAGAGGAAUUCAAGAGAGCAAAGAGGUACUCGUGUCAGUCUUGAGAGCUUGCUCAAAGGAUGGGGAUCUGGAGGAAGCCGAACGAACUUGGUCAAAACUCCUCUCCGUUGAUCCUAGUCCUCCUUCACAAGCUUUUGUAUAUAAAAUGGAAGUCUAUGCAAAGAUCGGAGAGCCUAUGAAAUCUUUGGAAGUAUUUAGGAGGAUGCAGAAACAACUGAGUUCUACCUCCGUUGCAGCAUACCAUAAGAUAAUAAAGGUGUUGUCUAAAUCUCAAAGACUAGAUCUUGCGGAGUCUAUCAUGUCCGAGUUCAUAAACAGUUGUAUGAAGCCGCUGAUUCCAUCAUUCAUCGAUUUGAUGGGAAUGUAUUCCAUUGCAAGCUUACAUGAGAAAUUGGAGUCUACCUUUCUCCGUUGCCGUGAAAUCUGUGCUCCAAAUCAGACGGUUUUUAAUAUUUAUUUGGAUUCCUUGGUGCAUACUGGCAAUCUGAACCGGGCUGAAGAAAUAUUCAAUGAAAUGCGUGAUGAUGUUGCAAUUAGUCUCGAUUCUCGUUCUUGCAACAGUAUGUUGAGAGGCUAUCUGACCUCUGGAGAGUAUGUGAAGGCAGAAAAGAUAUAUCAUUUGAUGCACCAAAAGAAAUACGACAUUGAGAUUGAAUCUUCAUUGAUGGAAAAACUUGACUAUUUUUUAAGCUUGCGAGAGAAAGUAGUUGAAGAACCUAUUAGGCCGAAGCUCACAAAAGAACAACGAGAAGUUUUGAUGGGGUUACUUCUUGGGGGUUUGCAAAUGAGAUCAUAUGGAGAGAGGAGGAGGAGAGUACAUGCAAUCCAUUUUGACUUCAAUGAAGAGUCGAGGAUCCAUGCCAUUUUAAAGGGACACGUACACGAUGAAUUUCAUGAGUGGUUAGGCUCUCAUGAUUUGACGGGGGAUGGCACUGAUGACAUUCCUAGUUCCUUUACUACCAUCUCACAUUCUUGUUUUACUUUCUAUGCUGAUCAAUUCUGGCCCAACGGAUGUCCUGGUAUACCAAAACUUAUACAUAGAUGGCUGUCACCUUGUGUUCUUGCUUAUUGGUAUAUGUAUGGCGGUUACAGGACAUCUUCUGGUGAUAUUCUAUUGAGAGUAAAGGGAAGUCGAGAGGAAGUUGCGAAUAUUGUUAAAGUGCUGAAAGCCCAAUCAUUAGACAGCCGAGUAAAAAAGAGGGGGAGGGUCUUUUGGAUUGGUUUUCUGGGGGACAAUGCUACAUGGUUCUGGAAAGUGGUAGAGCCCUAUAUUCUUGAUAAAUUAAAGGAUCUCCUUAAAGCAGGUGGCAAGUCAGAUGGAUCCCUAGAAAUCCAAAGUGUGAAUUUUGACAGUGGGUCGGAGUCUGACGAGAAGAAUUCUGAUUACAACGAUGCUGACACGUCACAGGGCCUCUUUUGAUUGAUGUACUGUUCUCUAUGCCUUUAUUGCAAGGUGUAAUAGGUUUUUUGAGGUUAAAAUGUUGCUGCAGAAUUCUGGAUGAUAAGGUGCUCUAGUGCCUUCUUUUGAUAGGUAUUGUUAACUCAUUACUAGCUCUUUGAUGUGUAUAGUGGUGGGUGAAAAACAUAAAUAUAAAGUAGCUCUAGAAUGACCUUGUAGAUUCCUCUGGUACAGCACAUUCGUUGAGAUUUUAUCUUCUUCAUUCCAAUGAUUGGUGUGGGUUACUGUUC